GAUGUACAUUUUGAAGAUGAAAAAGGAUAACUUAUGGUUUUACAGAAUAUAAAGAAAUACUGCCUGGCAUGACGGCGAAAAAUAUUGGUGUAACUUCCACAAAUGGAGACCUGAAAGGAUUUAUAGAUCAGAACUGGAGUCCAUCAAAAGGUAACAUUUCAAUAAUUGCAUUACCAGUUUCCAGCACCAAUUCACCAGCCAAGAUUUUGCCAAAAACCUUAGGACCAAUAAACGUGAAUGUUGGACCCCAAAUGAUCAUAAGCACACCACAAAGACUGACCAAUUCAGGAAGCGUUCUGAUUGGGAGCCCAUUUACCCCAGCGCCAGCAAUGGUCACUCAGACACACAUAACAGAAGCCACUGGCUGGGUUCCAGGGGACAGAAAACGGGCUCGGGAAUUUAUAGAAUCAGAUUUUUCAGAAAGUAAAAGAAGCAAGAAAGGAGAUAAAAAUGGAAAAGGUCUGAGGCAUUUUUCAAUGAAAGUGUGUGAAAAAGUCCAGCGUAAAGGAACAACAUCCUACAAUGAAGUAGCUGAUGAACUGGUAUCAGAAUUCACAAAUUCUAAUAGCCAUUUGGCUACGGAUUCAGCUUAUGAUCAGAAGAAUAUUAGGCGGAGAGUUUAUGAUGCUCUCAAUGUGUUGAUGGCAAUGAACAUCAUUUCAAAAGAGAAAAAGGAAAUCAAAUGGAUUGGCCUUCCUACAAACUCAGCUCAAGAAUGUCAAAACCUUGAGAUAGAGAAACAAAGACGGCUGGAACGAAUAAAACAGAAGAGAGCCCAGCUUCAGGAAUUACUAUUACAGCAAAUAGCAUUCAAAAAUUUGGUACAAAGAAAUCAGCAGAAUGAACAACAGAACCAAAGUCCUCCAGCUUUGAAUGCUACAAUACAGCUCCCUUUCCUAAUAGUCAACACUAGCAAAAGAACUGUUAUAGACUGCAGCAUAUCAAGUGAUAAAUUUGAAUACCUCUUUAAUUUUGAUAACACGUUUGAAAUACAUGAUGAUAUUGAGGUGUUGAAGCGAAUGGGAAUGUCCUUUGGUCUAGAGGCAGGCAAAUGCUCAGCUGAGGAUCUAAGAACUGCAAAAUCAUUGGUGCCAAAAGCUUUAGAAGGCUAUGUCACAGAUAUGUCUACAGGACUUUCAUGGUUGAACCAGGGAUUACUUUUAAACUCAGCUCAGCCAGUUUCAUCUUCAGAAGUGUCUGGCGGUACCUCUAUUUCUAAAUCAAGUGGAAAUCUAGGGUUGUGUCUGGAUGCUGAAGUGGCCUUAGCAACUGGCCAGUUCCUUGCCCCUGGAAGUCAACAGUCCAGCAGUGCAACAUCACGUUAUUCAGAGUCACGAGGAGAAACACCAUGCUCAUUCAAUGAUGAAGAUGAAGAUGAAGAUGAUGAUGAUUCCUCUUCCCCAGAAUGAAGACAGUAGAAAACAGAAUAUACAAGAUGCUGCUUUUAUGUUUUUAGUGUGAGCGCCUAGUCUUGAUGUUGUAACUUUAGUUUCUUGCCUUUGUUUGCACUGUGUUCAGUGAAACUAAAUUGAAACUUGCACACACGCACAUGGACACACACAUGCCCGCACGAAAAGCACCCAAAGUUAAGAGACAGAUUGAAAACUUUAUAACUGAACACAGUGCAAUAUACUGCCACAGAGCAAACAAAGUAUUUCAACUACAACCAAGGAAAAAAAGCAAAGUCCCUGAAGAUUUGGCAAACUAAAUGCUACGUGCACAAGUUUAUUUUUCAUAACUUGAGAUGUUGCUUCUGCAGUCUUUCUUCCCCCCACAUUUAUCCCACUCAGAAUGGAGAUGACUAUAGUCUCAAUCACCAGAUACUGAUUCUUACACUGCCUUUAGACUCUGCUACCUUUUUUAAAAAAGCUACAAUAGAUAAUUUUAAAUAUCUUAUGUAUUAAAACCAUUAUGGGGAGGGGCUAUUAGUAUGUUUGUUUUGUUUUGUUCAACUUGUUGUAUAGAAGAGUCUUAAAGUAAUAUAAAAUACAAGUGAUGAAAUUAAUCUUGAAUUAGAUUAAAUCCAUUUUAGCUAUUGUAAAGAAUGAAAUUAGUAUAUUUCUGUUGAAGGGUUCAUAAUUUUCCAUUACUUUAUUCCAUUGAUAUAUUGGGCCUAAUUUAUUAUAAAUAACUAAUUACUGUUAGCCAUUACAUAUAGUCAGGAUAAAAAUGGUAGUGUUCUCUACACCAACAUGAUCUUAUUUUAGAAAAAAAUGUUAGUAAAGAAAAUAGUAUUAAUAAGUUGUUUGGUAGUUUAAAAAUAAAUUCUUCUUUGACUUUCUAUACAAACCUUAACCUGCUUUAGAAAAUCAAAUGGAAUAUAAUAGCAAAAACAUUUCUCUAUAGCAAGAACAUUUUCAGGCAGUUUUUUAAUUUUCAAGGGAUGCAGUCACAUAAAAUAUUAUUUUAGCAACCAAUAACUUAAGAUUCUUGUGAAAAUUUAAAUUUUCACUAUGUAUGAAGUUUGAUUUUUUUGCAUUUCACUCAGCUAGAACCAUGAAAACAGACUAAUCAAAUUAACUUUUUUGUUUCUACAGGUUGAACCUCUCUAGUUCGCCUCUUUCUGUUCUGGCAACAUCUGUGGUCUGGCAUGAUUUUAUUUUGCCGGAUUUCUUCUAAUCGUGGGUGUAGCCAAGUUUUCCAGGUCCCAUAAAGUUUGUUUACAGACACUUGUCCUGGCUCUCAGUGUUGUGUACUGUUGUUUAGCUCUGAUUUACCCCAUAUAUCUUCUAAGUGCCUAGUAAGCAGUGAAAGUGUUGGUAAUGUUGCUAGACAAUAUUGACCUCCCAUAGCUUGGCAAAUUCUUUGGUUUGGCACUGGUCAGGUCCAGAGGAUGCCGGACUAGAGAGGUUCAACCGUAGUUAGUUCCAUUUUCCAACUGUUCUGCACUAACUGACAUGAUGCUGGCACUGCAGGGGAACAUUUAAGUAAAAGCAACUCUUUUCAUGGGAUUUUUUAAAAAGGAAAAAUGGAAUCUGAAUUUUAUACUGUCAAGUUAGCAAAAAUAAUGCUCACACUUCAGAAGUAGGCAUUGGAGUAGUAGUAAUUUUGCUUUAUUAUUUCCCAAAAGAUUUUCAGUUAUGUCAACCCAAAAUGUUAAUAAACUGAGCCUCGUUAGUGAAUAAAUUGCACCUCUAUUUAAGAAAGGUCAUAUGGUUUGAAAAUAUUUAUUUCCAGCUGUGGAAGAAGUAAACGUCUAAACUAUUGGAUUAUAUAUUUGAUUUUAUUGUGACCAAAGAUACUGUUAAAUAUGUUAAAUCACAGUGCAGUUAUUGCAUUUAGUGGAAUAGAACAACAAAUCAUAUCAGUACAAUUGUUAAAUACAGAAAAAGAAAUUAUUCCCACAUCUUCACUUGCCACACCAGAGAUCGAUCUUCUGGUGUUUGAUUUUGCAGAUCUAGUUAAGACCCACUGAAAUUGAAUGCUGAGGCAUGUCUGGUCGAUGCCAGUACUACUCAGUCGUGAGCAGUAAGUAAAGCUGAUGGAAGCAUUUACUCCUGUCAGCGUCCUUCUGUGAAGACAGCACAAAGCUUGGCUUAAGUUAAGCAGACUCCAGCUACGUAUUUUACAUAGCUGCAGUUGCGUACCUUAACCAGACCUUUCAGGUCUAGAGUAGACCAGGCCUUUAAAGGGCUGUUAGCUCCCAAAAUCUCAGAAUUGAGUCUGAUUCUACAUUUAGCAUCAUAAUUUGGUGCCUAAAAUGUCUCUGAACAGAGAUAUUUUUUUUAAAACAUUCUGUAUUUUACUAUCAAAACCGAACAGGUUGAUCUUAAGUGAUCUUAAGUGUUUUGAUAUGUAAGUUUAAACUAGUCUCCAUUUUUACUCUUUUCAAUGUACUAAACUUCAUUGAGUGAAUAAUGAAACGAUAAAUUAAAACUAUUCCUUUUUCAA